AUGGGUUCGUGUACCUCCAAAGACCCUAUCCAAGAAGCGGGCACGCAAAACAAAACAACGCAGAAAAGAACACAGCAACCGCCGGCCGCAGCCACGCAGACCAAGACAGACCCGCUAGCGAAACCUCAGGAAGACUCGGCCAAGCUCCAGAACGGCGACGCCGCAACGAAGGAGCAGACGUCGGUCAGCCAAGUCACCAAUUCCGUCGAGCUGUCCAAUGACUUGAUCCAAACCAACGAGAAGGACGUGAAGAUCCUUUUACUCGGCUCGGGUGAGAGUGGUAAAUCCACCAUUGUCAAGCAGAUGAAGAUUUUGCACAAGGAUGGGUUCUCCGAAGCUGAGGCGUACGACUACAAGCCGUUUGUCUACAAAAAUGUAUUGGAUUGCAUCAAGAACAUCAUAAAUGCCAUUGUUGACUUGGCUCCGGACUUGAUUGCUCCGCAGGGAUCCGAGCCCACGUUCACAAAGACAGAGGAUGGGUCUCGAGAACAUAUUCUUAGCUACGAUGAGUUGAGCAUGAUUUUGGACUACGAGCACUCCAUCAACACCGAUGAGCCUUUCAGUCAAGAAAUUGCAGCUCUCAUCGAAAAAAUCUCCGGCUACCCAGAGGUGCUCGACUUCAUCAAACACAACCAAGGCAAGUUCUACCUCAUAGACUCCACUCAAUAUUUCUUUACGGAAAUCAAGCGUAUAGCCAGCCCAGACUAUAUGCCAACGCCGGCUGAUAUUUUGAGAACAAGAAAAAAGACGUCGGGUAUAUACGACUUCCGCUUUCAAAUGGGUGGAACUAAUGUUCACAUGUUCGAUGUCGGCGGGCAGAGAUCUGAGAGAAAAAAGUGGAUCCAUUGCUUCGAUAAUGUUCAAUUGAUCAUUUUCUGUGUUGCAUUGUCUGAGUAUGACCAGGUCUUGCUAGAAGAGAGCUCCCAGAACAGGUUGGAAGAAUCGCUUACUUUGUUUGACUCGGUCGUCAACUCAAGGUGGUUCGCAAGGACGUCUGUGGUUUUGUUUUUGAACAAAAUUGAUAUUUUCGCCAAUAAGUUGCCAUACUCUCCCUUGGAAGACCACUUCCCUGAUUACAAUGGUGGAGACAAUAUAAAUAAGGCCGUCAAGUAUAUUCUCUGGAGAUUCAUGAAGGUUAACAGGUCAGGCUUAAACAUUUAUCCUCACGUUACGCAGGCUACCGACACCUCUAAUAUUGAAUUGGUGUUCGCCGCUCUAAAAGAGACCAUUUUGGAGAAUUCGUUGAGAGACAGCGGUAUUUUGUGA